AGUGGGCGGGGCCGACAGCGGUGGGCGGAGCUUCGGGCUCGGCGCUGCGCGCGGCCAUGUCCCAAGAUGGCGGAGGUGGCGGAGCUGAAGGAGUCAGAGUGUGUCACCACCUUUGCCCAGCAGACUCUGGAAUAUGAAAUUGCCCCUGGUAACGAAUUCCAAAGCGGAUUCUUUCUUCUCCUUCUUGGCGGUUUAAUAUCCUCCCCCCCCCUCCCCGAGGCUGGACCGUAGAAUUCCUACCCCUUCCCUAUGCCGGGAACCGGCACGGUUUGGGGACAGCAAAAAACAACGAGAACAUAAUUACUCGGAAUAAUUAUCCCUAAUUUUUCCCUGGCCAAAUUCUGAUCCAGCUUUACGGCCUGAUUCCUUUCCUUCCCCUAAAGCUUGAGCCUGACUGCAGUGCUAUCGGGUUAACAAUACCCACGGAGAAAUUGGAUCCGAUAAUUGCAAUUAAGACUCGGGAUGGAGCAGAAGCUCUGGCAGCCACGGCCGGAAUCCUGCGAUUUGGGAACGUUGCUUAGCACACAGUAAAGCCAAACGCGACCCGGGGCAAAGCCUCGGUAGCAUUUCCCGCUCCCUCUGCGGUUGGAUCCCUGCAGAGGAACCGUGGCUUAAGUCCACCCGAGCCUUAGCAUCAGAUUUACGCCUCUGGGAUUUGGCCCUCCGGAUGCCCGCCCGGAGCUUGGCACGCUGCGAGGCCGCUUUGGCUCAUCCCCUGCAUCCCCGCUCCCUUUCUCUCUUCGUCUCCCCUUGCUGGUCUCCGCGCCAGGAGUUAGUUUGAGCUUUUCUCCAUCUGUGCCUCAUUGUAAAAGCAAGAGAAGCCAGUGGGAACCGAAAGGAUUUCUCCUUAUAAAGCCCGUUCUUGGCUAAAGCUCCUUUCCCGGAUUGAAAACACGGAGCCGUGGCUCCCCGGGAAGGAAGAAAGUUUGCGGACGUGCCCUGUCUGACAGCGGCACAACCGGCCUGGAGUCCAGCGGAUCCAGCUGCUUCCCAAGCCUCAGGUGCCCUGUGGGAGCUUCCAAUUGCCGUCUCUUCUGGCAAUAAAAAGAGGUUUUCCUGCUGCUUGGAUCCUCCGAGGAGGAAUAUCGGGGAGGCUCCGGGGUAGGAGGAGUCCACAGCUGCUGCAGCGGUGGUGACACAGCCCUGCGAGCUCAGGGAUGCGAGUGGGUUUCCUUGCGCAUCUCCUGCUGGUCAGCCAUGCUACACCGAUCUCCUGCGGGUUGGGAGGAGGAUUUGAGGGAAUAGUGGAUGUGGGAAGAGGCCGGUUCCUUUCUCAGCGUUGUCACAAAGGGAAAGGGAUGGAAUUUGAUAACGGUGCAUCCCUAAUGUGUCUUUUCCGGGAGGUGUUUAAAACAGGCACUGUCAAACCUGAGGUUUCCUGCUCCGGACAAAUUCUCCAGGCUCCAAAAAAAAGGGGAUGGGAACUAAAGUUAAUCAUUCUUCUCUGGAAUGAAUCACCCGGCAAAGUUAACAGGCAAAUCCCAUGUGGUCUGAUGAGCCUUUUUUCUCCCUGGAGCCUUGAUCCAGCGCUGCCUGUUCCGCAUCGGAGAGCGCACAGCGCUUUGGUACCGAAGGAGCCGACUUUGAUACCUUCACCAAACGCUUCCUUUUGAUUUUUCCCUCCGGGAAGCGUGGAACGUCUGUCACGUUCUCCUCCUGAGCUGCUGUGCCAUGCGGCACAUGGUGAUGAGCUUUAGGGUGUCGGAAUUGCAAGUUCUCUUGGGCUUUGCCGGAAGGAACAAGAGUGGCCGGAAGCACGAGCUCCUCACCAGGGCCUUGCAGCUGCUGAAAUCCGGCUGCAGCCCGGCCGUCCAGAUGAAAAUUAAGGAAUUAUACCGGCGCAGGUUCCCGAGAAAGAUCUUAACUCCUUCGGACUUAUCCAUGCUCCACAUCCAGGCCGGGCAGCUGCCUUCGGCCACCGCCCUGACACCAGGCACCGUGUGUCACCUGCCCUACGACCACAGCUCCGGUGCUGCCGCUGUGCCGGCUGCUUUGCUGCCUCCGGCGCCGGGACCCAAGCACGAGGCGGAUGUUGCGCACCUCUCCCCACCCAUUCACCCCGUCCAUCCGGAUGUCAAGAUGAAGAGGUUGCCCUUCUACGACGUUUACGAUGAGCUGAUAAAACCCACCACGUUAGCCUCAACCAACAGUCAGCGGUUUGAAGAAGCUCAUUUCACCUUCGCCCUAACGCCCCAGCAAGUCCAGCAGAUCCUCACCUCCCGAGAUGUCCUGCCAGGUGCCAAAUGCGAUUACACCAUCCAGGUGCAAUUAAGGUUUUGCCUGUGUGAAACCAGCUGUCCCCAGGAAGAUUACUUCCCUCCUAAUUUAUUUGUCAAGGUCAACGGAAAACUCUGUCCCCUGCCUGGUUAUCUCCCGCCCACCAAAAACGGUGCCGAGCCGAAACGACCCAGCCGCCCCGUCAACAUCACGCCGUUGGCACGGCUCUCGGCAACCGUCCCCAACACGAUCGUGGUGAACUGGUCCUCAGAGUUCGGCAGGAACUACUCCCUCUCGGUGUACCUGGUGAAACAGCUGACGUCGGUGACGCUGCUGCAGAAGCUCAGAGCCAAAGGCAUCCGGAACCCGGACCACUCGCGGGCCCUGAUCAAAGAGAAGCUCACAGCCGAUCCCGACAGCGAGAUAGCCACCACGAGCUUACGCGUGUCCCUCAUGUGUCCGCUGGGUAAGAUGAGGUUGAUCGUGCCCUGCCGAGCCCUCACAUGCACCCACCUCCAGUGCUUCGACGCAGCGCUCUAUCUGCAGAUGAACGAGAAGAAACCCACUUGGACCUGUCCCGUGUGUGACAAGAAGGCGCCGUACGAUAACCUGAUCAUCGACGGGUUGUUCAUGGAAAUCCUCAACUCCUGUACGGAUUGCGAUGAGAUUCAGUUCAUGGAGGACGGCUCCUGGUGCCCCAUGAAGCCCAAGAAGGAGAAGCAGGAGGUGUGCCAGGCGUCUGCGUUCAGUGGGAUCGAGGCCGCCUCCCUGUACACCGUGAGCUCUGAGGCCAAGAACACUUCGGAGGGCAAAAAAAAAGUGGAAGUUAUCGAUCUGACUCUGGACAGCUCGUCAGAUGAGGAGGAGCCGCCGGCCAAGAAACAGUGCCCGGUCUCCGGCAUGGCUCUUGCCGCAGCGGCUGGGCCCAAGGGGGCAUUAAAUAUCGAUCACCAGCCGUCAUCUGUGCUUCGCAGCCCACCCAUGGCAGCUCUCGGCAGCGAUUACCUCUCCAACCUCGCCAUUCCUGACUACCACCCCUCCUACCAGGUGCCCUCGGAGCUUCAAGGUCUGGAUUUGUUUUCCUUCCUUCAGAAUGAAAAUCAGCAUUACAGCCCUUCCGUGAUCACUUCCCUGGAUGAGCAGGACACGCUCGGCCAUUUCUUCCAGUAUAGAAGCGCCUCUGGCCACUUCCUAAACAUGAAUCCGUUGGCGCCGGCGAUGGCAGGAUCGCACGGCACCGGCAGCCUCGGCAGCGGCCGCAUCAGCAGCAUCGUCUCCACCAACGCGCUCCGGGAGAGCCACGGACACAACAGCACGAUAAGCAGCAGCGCCGGACUGCCGGGCUGCCGGCCAGACAUCAUUUCCUUGGAUUAAGCCCUUCCGGUGGUUGUUAUUCCCGCUGCCGAGGAUGGGAAAUGAGAUUUGUGGUUGUUUCCCUUUCCGGCGCUGGGAGGACGCGACAGAGAACUGGAAGCAGCGCCUCUGGAACCUUCCUGAGUCGGGAAGGAUGCGUCCCACGGCUGCGUCUGCGCACGCCCGCACCCUUGAGCACGCUGGGAUGUCGCAACGCUCGUUUCCGAGCUUAAUGAGGGAUGGAUGAAAUCCGUUUAUAGCGUGUGGGAUCCUUCGACGGAUCUGGAAGAGCCGAGGAGGAGAAUUCAACCGUCUCCUCUUCCGUGGAGCCGAGCCAACUGCUCCAGGGCAGCGCGGCCGGCACGACCCCGCUUCCCGGCCCCACGCGGACCCUCCGGAGCGUGGCCGGCGGUGCCUCCAGCCCCGACGAGCAACAAUUCCUGGUUUUUAAUGGCAGAAACCAGUGGGGGAAGAGCAGGGAAGAGAGAGGACAUGGGGAGUCCUUCCCUGCUCUAAAUCCGAUGGGUUUUUUUAACCCAGAGGGACUCGUUUUCCUCCUCUCCGCGCUUCCCAGCGCUGCCCUGGACGGAGACAAACAGAGGAUUUCUAUUUUCAGUUGCAGCUUUUGUACACGUGAACUCCAAAGAAUUCCCCGCGGCUCCGCCUGCGGGCGGAACCGUGAAGGCCGUGUGGUCCCCACGGGCGCCGCGUCACCCCUUGCACAGAUUAUUUAUGUAUUUAAAUGGAUUCUCUCCCCGUCGUAGCCCCCGCGGCGACAUUCCCGCUGCUUCGCCAGCGUCCGGACGGGCUUUGCUCCCGGCUCUUGCGCUCCGUUUUCCCGCAGCGCCAGGCAGGAGCGCGGAGAGGGAGCACACGAAGCUCCGGUUUAGCAUCUUUUCACUGCUCCUUCCCUGAAAUUCCAAGCGGUUCCCGUGCCGGUGGGGCUGGGGAGCAGCAGGCAGGAUUCCGCUCGGCCCAUUCCCUCUUGUAGCAUAACUGCGGUGAAUAU